AUGUACAAAGGAAAAGAGAGAUCGAAGUCUUCGAAACUAGCAGUCGGAGCGAAGCAGUCAUUGUUUGUUCAAAGGACAAGGACCAAAGAACUAAGCAAAAGUUUGGGCGAUUUAUCUAACUUGAAAAGAGAAAUCUACGAAAAGUUGAAUGGAAAACUCACGAAGCCAAGCCCUCGUUCGCUUCGACCUCGAAGACUCGGCGAAACAAACGUUUCACUGGAAAUUGAUGAUAUAGGGACAUCCUUAGCAACUAGGGAUUGCUGCUGCGUUCUAAAGACAGAGAUCAAACGAGAACACCUAACGUUGGAGAGUACGCCUGCACCACCGCCUUCAAGAGACGAACAACGCUUACGAGACAUAGCGAGAGAAAACUCAAACUCAGCGAGUUUUAACACCAUGAGGCAAAAGACAUUAAAAGUUAAUGAUAUUGUACACACAGCGUCGAAACUUGAAGCAGAGUAUCUUAGGAGAGCGAAAUCACCUGCUUAUUCAAGGAACUUUACAAAGAGGACUCUAAAUGGAUAUCGUUGUGUUUGCGAAGGGAGCAGUUACACUGAAAGAGUAAAACCAAGUUGCAGAUUUAGGAAACAAGCGCUGAUUGUUAAAAUUCCCGGGCUGUCCGACAACUUAAACGAUUAUAAUUGUAAGGGAGGAUGGGACACGAGAUCAAAUUUUUCGUAUCGACAUAAAAACUAA